AUGGUAAUAAGGGAUACUCUCAAUCACCUAACCGCUGCUGCUCUACCUUAUUGUCGUUGGUGUCGUUCGACCGCCUCGGGUUCCAUCAAGUCCUUCAAGACUAAGAGAACUUUGGGCAAGAAGAUCAAGCAGAAUCGCCCUCUGCCUCAGUGGUUCCGAAUGAGGACCAACAACACCAUCAGGUACAACGCCAAGCGUCGUCACUGGAGGCGCACUAAGAUCGGUAUCUAAGUGUUGGUCUUCGGUGGUAGUAGUAAUACCUCACUCUACCGAGUAUUACUUCCAAGCAGUGCAGCUCACAACUGUUGGAGCCUUCCUGCUGAUUGCCACUGGACGCCGA